CUGAACUUCAACUAUAGAAUAUGAGUUGCUCUUUUCGGUAUCUCUCUCUGUAUCUCUUUUUCUUUUUUAUAUACACUCAAAAUGGAAGGAUUAAGUGCAGCUACCAAAAAGUUUAUUACAGCAUAUCAUAAAGAUACACCCAAUAGCUUAAAGCUUAUUGAUAUAUACCUUGUUUAUAUAUUAUUCACUGGCAUUUUUCAAUUUAUUUAUAUGCUGAUGGUUGGUACAUUCCCAUAUAACGCUUUCCUUGGUGGCUUCAUCUCAACUGUUGGAAGUUUUGUUCUUGCUGCUAACUUGCGCAUUCAAACCAAUCCUGACAAUAAGGAAACAUUUCAGACGAUAUCGCCAGAAAGAGCCUUUGCUGAUUUUGUCGUUUGCUCCAUUCUUUUACAUGGUUUCUGUAUUCACUUUUUAGGUUAAAAGAACAGAUUGUGUGUAUUUAUUGAAUAAAAAAAAAAAAAUAGAUUAGGUACUUAAGGGCAAGAAUGUUUUAAUGUCAACAAGAUGGAAGGUUCUUCUUGACUUUUCUUGUCCAAUUCCAGCCUUCUUCUUGCUUCUUCAAUCUCUUUACUUCGUUGAACGA